AUGUCGUGGGAUAAAUUAACAAAUACAAAGAAGGAAGGUGGAUUGGGUUUUAGAUAUCUGAAAGCUUUCAAUAUGGCUAUGGUAGCAAAACAAGGAUGGAACUUGAUAAGCAAACCACACACGCUUGUCUCAAAAAAUUUCAAAGCAAGGUAUUACCCUAAUACUUCUUUUUUCGAUGCAAAUAUCGGGUUUAAUCCUAGUUUUGUUUGGAGAAGUUUGUGGAAGGCUAGAGAAGUCUUAAUGUUGGGUUGCAGGUGGAGUAUAGGAGAUGGUAGUCAAAUUAUGGCAAUGAAUGAACCUUGGCUUAGGGGAAGAAGAGAAGGUUGUCUUAUUGGACCCCAAAAGCAAGCUUAUGAAGACAUCUUACAGGUCCCUUUGUUGAAGGAGGUAGUGAAGGAUAGGUUGAUUUGGAAAGAAGAACAAAAUGGUGUGUAUAGUGUUUGUUCGGGAUACAGAUUGUGGAGGAGCUUGGAGGAUAGGAAGGUUGCAGGGAGAUUUGCAGUUGUGAUGAAUGUAAUUUGGAAGAAUAAAAAUGAUCUUAUUUGGCAUAAUGAGAAGGAGGAAGCAUCCAAGUUGGGCUUGAUUGCGUUUCAUAAUUGGCAUGAUUGGUUUAUGGCUCAAAGAAAUCAGGAGAGAAAUGAAAAUCUUCAGAAUGUCACUAGUUGGAACCCGCCACCGAAAGGAUGGUUAAAGUGCAAUGUGGAUGCGAGGUUUAAUAAACAGUGGGGGACAACUAACGGAGGUUGGUGUGUGCGGGAUAAAAGUGGAAAUUUUGUUGUUGCAGGAGUUGCUUGGGAUAUUGGUACUCUCUCCAUUCUUGAAGCGGAAGCUUCAGCCAUUAAAGAAGCUAUUGAAAGUGCUAUAGCUUUGCAUUUGGAAAAUGUCAUCUUUGAAAGCGACGCUCGGCAUGUGGUUCAAGCCAUCCACUCUAAUCAUAAGGGUGAUUCUGAGUUUAGUUUAAUUAUUAUGUAUAUUAGAAACUUGUUACAUAUUUCUUCAAACUUUGAGGUGAAGUUCGUUAAGCGUCAAGUGAAUUCGGUUGCCCACUCCCUUGUGAAGGUGGCCAAUUCUUGGUCUAGAUGUAGUGUUACAAACGUGAAUCCUCCUUGUAUUCAAUCUAUUAUCUUGAAUGAAAUGCGUUGA